AUGUCUUUUGUAAAAAGUGCGACAUCCACGACUCAUUUGCGCGAUGCGAGCGAGGGUAUUGAGAAAGCCGAGUCACCACCAGCUCACCUCCAGCCGCGCACGAUUGUGGACGUUGACCCGGACGGCGAUCUCUUCCUGGAUGUAGCACUGGAUACUAAAGGUGUGGCUUACCGCUAUCGCGUCUGUUCCGGCACGCUUCGUCGUCAUUCUCCAGUAUGGAAAACGAUGCUGUUUGGUCCUUGGUUGGAAUCAAAGCCGACCAACAGCGAGGAAUGGGUUGUUCAACUUCCAGAGGAUCCUGCCUACCCGAUGUUGAUCAUUCUCAACAUAGUCCAUGGGAGAUUUGCCGAUGUUCCCCAGGAUAUUCGACUAGGAAAUCUCCGUGAUAUCUUGGCCCUAACCAACAAAUACGAUAUGACCAGUAUCGUGAGGCCUUUGUGUGCCCAAUGGAUAGCGGUCGCCAGGAGAUCGAAGAAUUCGACCGAGAAGAAUUCGACCGGCGACUUUUCGUUCAAGCGUUCGGCCAAAAAUACGUUAAGGUCAUUAUAUGUGGCAUGGGAAUUAGGCGACGAAGUGCUCUUCGCUCUAAGAUUGGAGGAACUUUCCUUACGGACCAGAAUGGAUACCGAGGGCCGCUUAAGUUACGCUACGUCGAGGAGGAGCCGAAAAGGAACCACACUCAAUGAUGAGAAUUAUCUGGGACCACAAGAUGCGCUAGACACGAUAUGUGCAAUCCGGGAGGCUCUACUUGAAAUGCUCAUUACACCCAUCCAUGAAGAUCUAGAUGCCCGGAUGAAGGCAGAUCCUUACUACAAGAUUGGGAGCUCGGGUUACCGGAGGAUGCUCUGUGAUGCCGCAACCAUAGGCAGUAUCCACCGACAUAUGCUGCAAACCAAAGGCAGCAUUCUCACCAAGCCUGCCUCUGAGAUCGAAGACAGCGUUAUAGAGCUAGCAUCUUGGCUGUUUUCCAUGAUGUCCAAGAUUCCGACUGUGCAUGGUGAUGAACGCACGUCGGACUCAAUCCAUGCACGGAACUGGGAAUGCUUUCCGGUGCCGAAAUACAAGAAGCUCUGCAUUGGCAUCCAAAUCGAUACCCCAAAAGUUGUGGCUGGCUUCAUCAAGCCGAGUCACAGGGAAUAUAUGGCGGCCCAAAGAGCAAAGACCGGGUUGGUCAUGCAAGACGACAGAUCCGCACGCCGCUACUGGCACUGGCCUUGGUCUUGA